UGACUUACGAUAGGCGGGCCGGCUUGUCAAUGAGUUCGCCCUUGUCACCACUUCCGCCUCUGUGUCACUAGGUUGUGAUUGUGUCUGUUGAGUCUCGCAGGACGAAAUAUUAACAGUUCCUGACAACGAGAUAUUACAGAAAGAAAGCCUGCUUGAAGCCAGCUGAGGUUGCAGUUUUACUGGGUUGGGGGGACUACUGUAGUGUGUGAAGUCUUUGAUCCACUUCCUGGGUUAAAGCGAGGAAUCUGCAGUACAAUAAAUAUUUCCUCCACUCAUAAGGACAAUGUACUGAAGACACAUUAUAAACAAAGGGGUACAUCGUUCCACAUUAGAAAAUGAACAAUGAAGAUGAGUUCUAUGAUGCUGUUACAGUUCUAAAGUUGAAACGCUGGUAAAGCUUGGAGUCUGAUGAGUCCUAUGAAGGCAGUGCAGAAAUGAGUUCUAAAGUAGCCAGUACGAUUGUCAAUGACAGCAACAGUGCAAAACAGAAAAUGAAUGGGUCCCAGCCACAGGAGAAUGGAAUCCGGAAACGAAGAACUACCUUGCCUGCCCCUAUGUUUUCUAGAAGUGAUUUUAGUGUGUGGAGCAUAUUGAAGAAAUGCAUUGGACUGGAGCUGUCCAAAAUAACAAUGCCUAUAGUUUUUAAUGAGCCGCUGAGCUUUCUACAGCGAAUCUCUGAAUACAUGGAGCCCACAUACCUCAUUCACAAAGCUAAUUCCCUCACAGACUCUGUGGAAAGAAUGCAGGUUGUAGCUGCGUUUGCUGUUUCUGCUGUUGCCUCUCAGUGGGAGAGAACUGGAAAGCCAUUCAAUCCACUACUAGGAGAAACAUAUGAACUUGCAAGGGAUGACCAAGGAUUCAGGCUUGUAUCUGAGCAGGUCAGCCACCACCCCCCCGUUAGUGCAUUUUAUGCAGAAGGUCUCAAUAACGACUUCAUUUUCCAAGGGUCUAUUUACCCCAAGCUCAAGUUUUGGGGGAAGAGCGUAGAAGCGGAGCCAAGGGGAACAAUCACGCUAGAGCUUCUCAAGCAUAAUGAAGCCUACACAUGGACAAAUCCUUCUUGUUGUGUACAUAAUGUUAUUAUAGGUAAACUGUGGAUCGAACAGUACGGAACGGUUGAGAUUAUCAAUCACAGUACUGGGGAUAAAUGUGUUUUGAACUUCAAACCAUGUGGAAUGUUUGGGAAAGAACUCCACAGAGUAGAAGGUUAUAUUCAAGACAAGAAUAAAAAGAAGCUGUGUGUGAUUUAUGGCAAAUGGACAGAAUGCAUGUGGAGCGUAGAUCCUAGCACAUACGACUCCUUCAAAAAGUCUGAAAAAAAAUGGGUGGAGCCAAGAAAGCCCAAGCAGAACGACGAUUCAGACAGGUCUGAGAAUGAUGAGGCUGAUGACAUGCCUGAAGUUCAGGAAACGGUUCAGGUUGUUCCUGGUAGUAAGCUUCUCUGGAGAGUCGCCUCAAGACCUCCAGACUCCACACAGAUGUACAAUUUCACUAACUUUGCUGUGACUCUGAAUGAAAUGGAUCCAGAAUUGAUAGGGGUUUUAGCACCAACAGACUGCCGCUUUCGUCCAGAUAUCAGAGCUAUGGAAAAUGGAGAUAUGGCUUUGGCCAGCAGAGAGAAAGAACGAUUAGAAGAAAAGCAAAGAGGUGCUCGUAAGGAACGCGCCAAAAAUGAAGACGAAUGGAAGACCAGGUGGUUCCAGUUAAGCACAAACCCACACACUGGGACACCAGACUGGAGUUUUACCGGGGAGUACUUUGAUAGAAAAUAUGCUGACUGCCCGGAUAUUUACUGAGAGAAGAAUGAACUUCCAACAGCCUGCCCCAUAUCAUCUCGAAUUGGAAAUGAGAUCAAAUUCCUCACAACUGUUUUGUUAUUUACAAACCCCUUUCAACUGCUGAGACCGAACCAGUAAUUUAAAUGAUGUUAAGCAGUUUGACAACCAGAAGAUUAUUCUGAAGUACUGUUUUAAAACAAGCUGCUGCAUCCAGUACAUUUAUGCAUUUAAGUUGCUGCUUACAACAUCACUUUCUUAGGGUUUAAUACUAUUUACAUUUUUAAAUGGAACAAGGUUGAUAUUAAAAAAGUAGGAUUCAAGCCAGACAAAGUUGAGUUGAAAGGAUCAAUGGAAUAUAUAGUUUGUUCUUGUCCCAAAACAGUGGUGUACUUUUUUAUGUGUGGUCACACAUUUAACACAUUUGUGACCCAGCUGAUUAGGUGAAGUGCAGUGUAGAUGGUGGCCCGACUCCUCACCACUGUGGCAUACCGGCCCUCGCGGUCUCCGUAAUGAACCUCAGAGGUAGGUGCUGCAUGUAGUGGUAUCAGGACUGUGCCAUUGUCAAUGCAGUGGCAUCCCUUAUGAAACGAACUGUAAUGUUUCCAGUAAAGCAAAGCAAACCAGCAAAACUGAUUAAUCCACCCAGGUUUAAAAUAAAAUAUCACCUGCAGGCUAAAAUAUAAAUAAAACCAAUGAUCAGUUCAAAUACCCAAUUCUGUAAACUGGCUCUUGGUUUCUGACUGACCCAGACUGGUGGUUCAUUUAUUCAUUUAUUGUUGGAAAUAUCCGUCACCAUACCCUUGAGCAUUACUGAUGAGCUAUAUAUAUAUAUAAUUUAUGAGGAUAAAAAAGCUGGUCAUUUUAAAGAUGUGUUUUUUCACGAGCAGGAUCUGAAUUGAACGGUUAUUGAAGGGGUGUUUAUUAAAUUAACUUACUGAGUUUAUAGUCAGGUGUGUUUAAAGCAAGCAGUCCUGAAGGCCUUGCAGCAUUUUCCAUUAGAGGAAAACUGAAAAAUUAAUGAUGUAAUCCCCUUUGUAACAUGUUGACAAAGCACAGUACUUUCUCAAAAUAGUCAACUACCUUAUUCGUAAAGCAGCAAAACUUCACUAAAUCUCAACUUGAUAGUUUACCUCUUCUUGUUUGUUAUGCCAGACUAAUCUAAGAAAAACAUAUAUUUUAAUUUUAAUUUUUUAAGCUCAAACAAUCACUUAUUUGACUGUACAGAUGAGGCACUUAAAAUGACCAGAUCAUGGUUAUGUAACCAUUGAUGCUGUUUUAGUGCCUAUGAAGAAAUACAGUUUUGUUGUAAAAAUGUCCAAUAAGACUAGCAGAAACAUUUUGUUCUUUAUUUUGAAUGUCAUUAUUUAUGUGUAGCACAUGUAGAACAUUUAAGUGACUUGUAGCUAACUUUCAAGCACGCUCUGAAAACUAACUUUCUGCUCAAUUUGCCAGGGAUUGGUUUCUAUGUAUUACCCAUCAGCAGUACUUACAAAGAAACAACAUUUCUACAGGCCUAUAGAUGUUUGUACAUUUAAAUAUUGAUGACAUUUUAUUUUAAUUGGUAACAAAACCAAAAGCUGCUUACAAGGAGGGAUCUAAAGCCUUAUUGAUUAAGUUCCCUAGUGGUAUUGUCAAUACAUACUGUAAAAACAUGAUUUUUGAGGGUAAUUUAUCUUUACAGCUGGAAAUGAGCAUGUAUUUAUUACUAAAUCAGUAAAUACAUUACUUGUAAGUCUUGGAUAGUUUUAAUAUUAAUUAGUGAAGCAGAAUUAGAUUGUUAACCUUUAUUUAGCUUUCAAUAAUUCAAAUGCAAAUAAAUAUAAACUAACACUGGCUUAUCCACUGAAUUUAUUUGUUGUAAACAUAAUGAUUAAUUAUAUGCUUAAACCUAACCCUGAAAAUAGCAUUAAUUCCUAAAAUGGGUGGCUUGCAGGAAUAUGUGUUGAAUGAUUUCUAUUAACUACUGUUUAAAAUUAUAUAAGAAACCACGAGGUCUAAUUUUAAAUAUAAACAACAAUCUAAAUACAGCCACCCUUUUAACUAUGUUAAAUUCCACACCAUAAACUUUUUUAUGAAUAAAACUUGAAUUUAUGUUGCAAGGGGCUAAAGAACAAAAUCAAAGUGUACAGAGUAGAAACUGCAAUAGUCUUCAUUAAGAGUAAAUGUUGGGUUGUAGUUUUGCAAUUGGUAAGGUGAGGACCAAGAAUAUGUACAGUAGAUACUUUUAGAAUAAUAUAGUAAUAAUAAAAUAAUGGAAAACGCAUCUCUGAUUGUCAGCUAUCUUCCAUAUUCACAGUUUUGUUGUCAGUGGUUCUUCUCAAAAACACCUUCAUGCUCCAUAAAGCAAUUAUAAUUUGACCUAGUGUUGGCUUUUAAAAUAAGCAUUUCCAGAAUCUAUGCAAACAAUCAUCAAUAUGCACUUCACACACAAUCUAUAUCGUCAAUAUACAUACUUUAGUUGGCCUUUUUUGCUUUUUGGCAGCUGGCUGAUGGGAAGGUCUACAGAAGCAUUGGCAAAACAAGCAGCAUAACAGAGAGGUGAGACGGAGGCACGUAUCUUUAAGUAAAGCUGUUUCAGAUGGAUAUGAUUAAAUUAGACUUCACAACAUGACAAAAGAGUUAGUUUGAACAGAGAUUGUUAUUUAGCAAUUGCAAUUUAAAGAUCCUUUAUUUUAAUGAGAGAUUAUACUAUUUUGAACUGUUUUUUUUUUUUUUAGUAUUAUUAAUUUUUGUAGGUUUAGGUAAUUGUAGAUGAUUUCCUUAACCACCAUAGGCUACCUAAAGACAAAAUCUGUUACAAAUUCAAUAAAGUACAAUAAUAAUUAUCUUCAGGUUUUAUGAUUUGAUGAAUGGGUUGGGUGCAUUCAGAAAAUGUGUAAACUUUCGUUGUUAAUGUUACUGAAGAAAAAGACUGAAAAGUAUUGCAAAAGUACUCCCUGUUUUCUACACACAUUGUAUAGAAUACAUUUAACACUACAGCUAGUUGUAUGAAUACAAUACAAUUUUCUGUCUCCUGAAAAUGUAAGUUUGGUCAUUUGUGAACUAUAUGGAAAUAAUGUACCAUCAUAACAAAAACAAACGAACAAGCAAAAAGGUAUUUUGAUGUAUACUUGGUUUGUGGAGUGUGUGGAAGAGAACACUUGCCUGUGUACCAGUUAGUAGCCCCCUGUUGUAUACUGUCAUUUGCUGUCUGUAUUUUAUUCUUAGUCUGUUUUUUUUCUUUCGCCUAACGCUGUAUUGUCUCAACAAUUGCGUUUGCCAUAUCAAUGUUGCCUGAAGAUAAUAAUAAAAAAGGCUAUUGUGAAAUGGAUUUAUUUUUAUAGUAUUUAAAUUUUUUGAAGCCCAUCCUCCUAACUUAAAAAAGAAAAAAACAAAACAUGAAUUAGAAAUUGUCUGGGUUCUAUAGUAUGAAUAUAAGUAUGUUGGCAGUUUAAUGUAAAAACCAUUUACUAAAUGAAAAUCUUCCUUUUGGAAAUAAGUUAAUUCUUUUUAAAUAAAAAAUGAUGUUGAACAGCU